AUGAAUCACAACCAUGAAGAAACUAUGAGGAAAAUCAGUGCAGUGAACCUUGACAAACUUUUAGAUAACUUCUCAGAGAUAGAAAAGAAAAUAUCAGAAAUUAAUGAAAGAAAUAACCUACUGGUUCUUGAGCUGGAAAAAUGUAACAGGUUGUUAACAAUAAGCCAGUCAAAGGAGGAAUCAGUAAAAGAAGAAUGUAUUACUCUACAGAAUGUGAUAAAGGGUCUAACACAAACUAUUGAGAACCAGUGUAACGUGAAAGAGGAAAACUGUAGGCUGAAGGAUACCAUUCACAUCUUGGAAGAGAAACUAAAUGCUUGUGAACAGGAAUAUAAAGAUCAGAUUGAGGAGCUUGUGACAGAAAUUAAAAACAAAGAGGAAGACCACAAAUCAGAGAUAGCACAGCUGAAUUGUGAUAUAAGAAAAAAACUUGAAGUAAAAGAAAUGGAGUAUAGAAAACAGAGAGAUGAAAAAGAACAGGAAAUAUCAGAACUAACUAGACAGCUGAAAAUUCAAAAUGAAGAGAAGCAGAAUGAAAUCAUUAAGCUGCAGAUAGAGUUCAAUGCUAAAUUAGCAAGAGUCCAGAAUAAAGCAACAAAAUCAUUUUCAGAUGCUUCUGUCUUGCCACAAACUGUCUAUCGAAGGAAGUUGCAGCAUCUCCAGGAGGAGAAAAACAAGGAAAUUGAAAUUCUCCGGAACACCAUAAGAGACUUAGAACAACGUCUUAAUAAAGGUCAAGACCUGCAAUUCAAACGGAAGCGACUCUGA